AAAAAAAAACACGGAAGUAGCUGGCUGCAGCGGAGAAGGGACUGGCCUGGCCUCGUUGUUCUUUGUUUAACAUGUUAGUGGCUCUUAGUCUCCACCGUGGAUUUCCAUCUGUUCUCUGUGUGUAAGUGAGUCUGCUCGUCUGUGUCUGCGCCGGGAAGAGAGCAGGAUGUGUUGGGGGUUAACGGUGACGGUGUCCGGGGCCUGAGUGAUCGUGUUUCAGUAACGGUUACCAUUCCGCCAUGUUUUUUAUUUAGCUUUGUGAUUGUCUUUGAGGAUUUUUGCUGGAGGAUAGAUCCUGCUCGCUUCCCCACUCCUCUGCAACUAUGACCACCAUCGUCCAUGAUACUACAGAGGCAGUGUGCCUCUCUACUGACUACAACCUGUACCUCAAGCCCAUUGCCAAAAUUACUGUCAGUGUGGCGCUGCCCCAGCUUAAGCUUCCAGGCAAGAGCAUCUCCAACUGGGAGGUUAUGGAGAGGGUAAAGGCAAUGGUGGCUCCGGAGCAGUUUUCAGCCCUCCGAAUUUCCAAGAGCACCAUGGACUUCAUCCGCUUCGAAGGAGAGGUGGAGAACAAGACGGUGGUCAAAAGCCUGUUAAGCCGUCUGGAUGGAAAGAGCAUUAAACUCAGUGGAUUUACUGAUGUACUGAAGGUCCGUGCAGUAGAGAACAAGGUUGACUUCCCUACACGACACGACUGGGAUUCAUUUUUCCGCGAUGCCAAGGACAUGAAUGAGACGCUGCCAGGAGAGAGACCUGACACUAUCCACCUAGAGGGGCUUCCCUGCCGCUGGUUCAACCAGAAGGACGGUCAGUUCCCAGACCGGCCCUCUGAAGAGGUCCUCAUUGCUGUCUUUGAGACAUUUGGCAAGGUGCGACAUGUUGACAUCCCUAUGCUGGACCCCUACAGAGAGGAAAUGCUGGACAAGAACUUCAAUACAUUCAGCUUCGGGGGUCAUCUGAACUUCGUGGCUUAUGUUCAGUACCAGGAAUAUUGCGGCUUCACUAAGGCCAUGGACACUCUGCGCGGCAUGAAGCUGAUGCUCAAAGGAGACGAUGGAAAGGCAGUGGCUUGUAACAUCAAGGUGACCUUUGACACAAGCAAGCACCUGAGUGAGUUAGCUCUGAAGAGGAGGAGCCUGGAGAGGAUGAAGCUACAGGAGCUGGAGAGGCAGAGAGAGGAGCAGAAACGACGGGAGAAGGAGGAGGAGGAGCGUCGUAAGGAGGAGGAGAGGAAACACAAGGAGCAGGAAGAAGAGGAGAAGGAGAGGAGGAAGGAGGAGAGGUUGCGGAAGCGAGAGCUGAAGCUUAAGGAGAAGGAGCAGAAGAGGAACCUGAAGAGGAUGAGGCGUCACCAGGAGGAGGAGCAGAAGAAGCUGCAGAUGAAGAUUGCGAUGGAGGAGAGGAGGCUACUGCUGGCUCAGCGCAACCUGGAAUCUAUACGGCUUAUUGCUGAGCUGCUGGCCAGGGCCAAGGCCCUGAAGCAGCAGCAGCAGGAGAAAGAGAGGGCUGAACGCGAGGAGCAGGAAAGGCAGGAGCAGGCUCAGCAGAAGGAGGAAUUAGCCCGACUUCAGCAGCUGGAAGCGUGCAGACGCAAGCAAGAGCAGGAGCUCCGAAGGGUGGAGGUGGAGAAGCAGCGAGCACUGGAGCUCCAGCGUAGAGAGAAGGAGCUAAGGGAGAAACUGCUUUGCAACCUGUUGAAGAAGAGCAAUGAAAGAACCACUAAACCUCCAGGAACGCAGGACCAUGCUGAGCCUAUACCGACAGAGGAGGUCUCUGCUCCUGGCGGGAAUGAUGUGAUGUUGGGGGCUCUGGAGCGGGUGAAUGGGGGGAAGGCAGCUGAGAGCAAAGAGAAGCUAAUGUCCAAAUCAAAUGUGCACACCCAUGUUUUAGGGAAAAACAAAGCUAUGCAGGAGAACAGAGGAGCAGAGGACAGGAAGAAGAAAGGCCGGGAGGGAAGGAGGGAGGAUUUAGAGAGGAGCAGGUACGGCAGGGAGCGGGCGAGAGACCAGGACCACUCCCACAGAGAGAGGAGCUCCCGCAGCAGGGAGAGGAGGAGGAGGCGCUCCCACAGUGAUAGCAGGAGGAGGAGGAGCUCCAGUCGCCACAGGAGGAGCUCCAGUCGCCAAAGGAGGAGCUCCAGUCACCACGACAGCAAGAGGCGCAGCCAUAGCAGCAGGAGCACAAGCUCAAGUGGAGACAGGAGCAGAAGCAGCAGUGGGAGGAGUUACAGCAGGGGGAGGGGCCACAGACACAGUCACCGUAGAUACAGCAGAGCCGGCUCAAGGGGAAGCAACACAAGUAGAGAUGGGAGGAGUCACAGUCGUUACAGUCGGAGAUACAGGAGACACAGUAACAGUAGAGACAGGAGCCACUCCAGACGACGAUAAACUCAGCAGCGUUCUCAGUUUAUUUGAUAUUUUUAGAUGUUUUUGUCCAUUAGUUAAGAAACGUGGCGCUGCAGAAACCUUUAGACCACUUGAGAGACUUGUGGGCCCUAUUGCAUGUGAAAGGCAUGGAAGUUGUAAUUGAGUCUACGUAGCUGCUUUUAUUGUUUUUGGUAAUUUUUUUCUCUCCAUUUCGUGUUGCAGACAAUUUAAUUUGUUCAAAUAUUCAGAAUCGUUACAGUUCAAUAUUUAAAGGUCAGGUUAGUAAGUUGUUUCUGAAACACUUUUUUAUCUUCUUCUUCUCUUUCUCUUCACGAUACAGUUGAUAGAUACAGUUGAUAGAUACAGUUUUUUAAGAAGAUGGUGUCUGUGACCCUCACAGGACAAAUUAACAUGACCGCUCAUUUUAUUUGGACCAAAUGAAAUGAUUGGCUGGAGAACGUCUGUGUCACAAACAUACCUGAGAGACGUAAACCACUGAAAAAGAGACGAUAGCCAGAAGUUAGCGAGCGAGUUACAGAAAAGUGGUCUUCUAGCGUCCGUCAGACAGUUGCACCUUCAUCAGUUUUGUCGACGGAUGCAUCGGUUGCAGUUUUCUUUGCCUUCUCUCACUAGCUUUUCCAGGAUGACCUGCCUGACGUUUAAUGACAAAAAAAGCAAAUUUUUCUUUUUGGUGUCAUGAGAAUGUUGCUCUUUGCAGAGUGUGAAACAUUUUGUAUUAGUCAUCUUUUAAUUUUUUUGUGAAGUACCCCAAAACUCAACUCUGAAAGUUAGAAUAAGAAUAAACUUUAUUAGAUAUUAAAUUUUGGUUCAGAUUCAGCGAUCCUCCAUACACACCAAUUACCUUUUUUAUCUCCAGUUUUCUGCAUGAAUAAUUUUGCCAGAGAUUUUCUUGAAGACAGAAUGAAGCACCGGAUCGGUUCCUCGUGGCGGUCAUUGGUGUGGAAGACUUACUGGUUAACUGAAGGACGCUAACGAAUGGCAGCGUCUCCACAGGCUGAAAGACUCAUACCUCUGUGAUAACAUCAACUAAUCCACUGAUGUUUCUGCAAUGCGUUCAGCUGCUUCCUGCUUCAUUAGUGGCCAUGUUGCUGUUGAUCAGCUUAAGAAAAACAUCUACAACCCUGGACAGUAUUUUUUGGAUGAUCACAUGAUUUCAGUUAAAAAAGACUUUCUCAGUUUUAGUUUUAUUUUCUAAAUGUUUGAAGGGAAAGAGUGGGGGGGGUCUGUCUGAAAUCCCUUCCUAUUAACUGUAUCGUGCUCCAUCCCCUAUUGCCCUAUGACAUUUUGAGUGUGGCUAAGGCUACAUCCACACUAGAUGAUCUUAGUUUUACUACACAUCACAGUUGCCGCAGAUUGUCGAGUGCUUAAAACCGGGAAGUUAUGAAACGCUGUUGGACACUCUCGGGCUGCGUUGUAGACCGGACGUGCAAAAAUGGAGACGACGCAGACACCUGCAUUUUUCUUUGUCCGUGGUAUUUUCUGUAAUGAAGCAACCAACUGCAGAUUAGACAAUCCUCUUCCUGUUUUCACCGACACACACAUGCCCAGUGUACAUAAUUGGUCACGUGUUAGUACUGACAGUGAUUGUACCUGAUGAGGAGAGUGUGUGGACAGAGAUCACUUUAGUUUUAAAACACGGUUUUUAAAAGGAAACACAUCGUUUUAAAUGUAGCCUAUAUAUGUCUAGUAAUAAACGAUUGAGUGUCCAUUAUUAGGGAGGAGUGAAUGAGGGAGGGAUUUCAGACACAGCUUUGAUAUUUAACUUAAUCAUUAACCUGACUCAGGAAACAGUGCACUCCCUCUUUCCUUGGUCAAAUGUCUUUAAUGCAGGUGCUGCAUUUGACUCUACUUUUGUUUUUUAUGGUUCCGAACAAAGUGUGGUUAUUUUUAGGAAACCAGCCUCUGGGAUUCAAGUCAAACCAGCUCAGUACAAAUGAGAUGUUAGGAUGUACCUCCUGCUCACGUUCUAAUACUGGAUACGAUUCUUUUGCUUUAGCUGCUGUACAGACUUUUCUUGAACCUGGAUUUGAGCUCGGGAGACGUCAGUCUCACUUUGUUGACAUUUCUACUUUGACAUGGUGACUUGUCAUAGGAAAGCCCAUUUGUUCUGUGUACUGUAUGCUCAUGAGCCACUACAGAAUGUCUAGCAUACAUG